AUGGCGACAGAAUUCAUCGGCCAGGCAGAGACCGCUGUCUCAGCGCCCAUUACGCCCAGAGAGUUUCCAGAGCGCCUCGCUAUCCGAGCUGACUCUCCCAUCGAGCAAGAUCAGCUUGAUGACCAGAAAAUUCCCGUUGAACAAGAGAAGCCAGUCGAGCAGGAAAAGUUUGUCGAGCAAGUCAAGUCUGUAGAGCCAGAAAAGUCAGUCGAAGAGGUAAGAUCGGUCGAGCAAGACAAACCCAAGAUUCGCCGCGUCAUCGACGAAGAGGGUGGCAGCACUACCGCAACUUACCCGCACUAUUUGCCAGUAUGGGACCACGGUGAGAAGUACCCACCCUGGGAACGAUUCACCCAUACCGAGCAUGGCAAGGACGCCGACCCCAGCUUCAAAGACCUCCUCGUCGUCGGUUCGAAGCUUCAACAUCUCACUCCUUCUACUGGGUCCGAAGUCACCGGCGUCCAGCUGAGUAAGCUUAGCCACGCUGGAAAAGACCAGCUCGCGCUUCUUGUCGCACAACGCAAAGUCGUUGUGUUCAGAGACCAGGAUCUUGCAGGUCUUCCUAUUCAAGAAGCUCUUGAAUUCGGUGCAUACUUCGGAAGGCAUCACAUUCAUCCAACAAGCGGUGCACCUGAAGGUUACCCAGAGAUCCAUCUGGUUUACCGCAACGGUGGCAACGGCGAAUUCGACAGCUUCCUCGCGAACCGAAACAGUGGUGUAGCAUGGCAUUCAGAUGUGACAUAUGAAGAACAGCCUCCGGGCACCACAUUCCUGAUCAUCCUCGAUACACCAGAGGUCGGAGGUGACACAGCGUUCGUAAACCAUGUCGAAGCGUAUAAUCGCCUUUCCCCAGCUAUCAAGGAGCGCCUUCACGGGCUUACAGCGGUUCACUCUGGAUUUGAACAGGCUGAGUUCAGCAGAAGCCACGGAGGCGUCGUGCGACGCGAACCUGUGAAGCACUCUCACCCGCUGGUCAGGACGCAUCCUGCCACUGGUGAGAAGGCACUGUUUGUAAAUGGCGGCUUCACUCGCUCUAUUGAUGGCCUGAAGAAGGAAGAAAGCGAGUAUCUGCUCAAGUUCCUGCUAGACCACAUUGGUCGCGGUAUUGACUACCAGGCACGCGUGCGCUGGGCGCCGAAGACCGUGGUAGUUUGGGACAACAGGUUGACCUCUCAUUCAGCGAUUGUCGACUGGGUGACUGGAGAGCGCCGCCAUCUUGCAAGGAUCACGCCUCAGGCGGAGCGACCUUAUGAAACGCCGUAUGCGGCGGAAGCCAAGUAG